AUGCUAAAAUUCGUUGAUGGAGGGAAUCACAUUUCUUCAAGCAUGCUCAUUUCCAUUCCAUCAGAGGAGUAUCUUGCAUUAUUACCAUUAUUCUCAAAAAAUUCAAAUACAUUGGGCCAGUACUGGCUCUCACUCUUGAAGGAUUACAGCUAUGUCUGCUUCAGCACACGCCCUAAUAUACAUGUGAUUUACAUACUUCUAUCCAGGGCCGUCCCAAGGGUUGGGCGAGCUGGGCCACAGCCCAGGGCAGCAUGUUCAGAUGGGGUAUCAAAUUUAAUGGAAGUUUCAACAAUUCUUGUUUCUGUUAGAACUCAACUUGCUAAGAAAUUGGCUUCUCCUGCUAUGCCAGUUGGAGAAGAAUUUCAACCAGAAGCUGCUAUUGUUAAUUACUUUGCUUCAGGUACUAAUUCUACACAAGUCAUGCUCCUUCUUUUCUUAAUAAUAAAAGCUGCUAUUGAUCUUUACAGAGAAAUGAUGGAAAGUGGUGUCAUCAAGCUAGGCGACAAGCAGGCAAGUAUAGGCUCCCCAAGCCCUUCUUCAGUAGUCAGCUUCUUGAAAGAAGUUUUCCCGAGUGCUGAACACUUCAGAGAUGCUGAAGAAAGCCUACACCCAACAAUCCCAUCUAUACUUCCAUCAGAAACCAUAACAGGAAGCUCCCACACAGGCAAAAGUAGCCUUGAAGCACACAAACAAACCCCUUCACGAGCCCCUGAAAACACCGGUUCAGCUUCUUGUACAACUUGCCCCAUGCUAAACCCACCAAGGGCAGUUCGGGUUGGUAAUUUCAGAGUUGAGCCACCUGGGCUAUUCCGUGGGGGGGGGGAACAUCCAAAGAUGGGAAAGCUGAAAAAACGAAUCCGUCCAAGUGAUAUUACCAUAAACAUCGGAAAGGAUGCUCCAAUUCCAGAAUGUCCAAUUCCUGGUGAAAGCUGGAAGGAAAUCAGGCAUGAUAAUACUGUGACAUGGUUAGCAUAUUGGAAUGAUCCAAUCAAUUCAAAGGAAUUCAAUUAUGUGUUUUUAGCUGCUAGCAGUUCCUUGAAGGGUCAGAGUGAUAAGGAAAAAUACGAGAAGGCAAGGAAGCUGAAGGGGUACAUAAAAGGCAUACGGAAGGCUUACACUAAAGAUUUUGGAAAUUCGGAUGUGACAAAGAGGCCUCUGUAUGGGUCCUUCAAAGGAGAUAUCGGUCAUAUGAAGCUCUGA